AUGUCGAACUUUCGAAAAGCUUUUAUUGCGGCUAUUGUGAAGAGCUUGCUUCGUGGCAAGUCUCUGAUACAGGCUCUACUGUCCUUUUGGGUAAACCCAGGAUCAGCCAAAGGUGGCAAGGGAAAGCCAACCAAAACAUUACAAGAGUUUCUCAAGGAUGCUGAAGCAGCUCUUCUCGGACCUGUUAGUGGCGAUGGCCUCCAGGAGCUUUCUGCUGGCCUGAAAAAGCAAUUCAUCGAACGUCUGCAAAUAGAUGAGCAGUGUAUGCUACCGUCUUACAGCCAUCAGCUGCCCCUUGGAAGCGAAUGUGGACAGUACCUCGCCUUGGAUGUUGGUGGUUCGACGUUGAGAGUCGCCGUGGUUGAGUUACGGGGUCGUGGAGUCGAUGCUGAUAAGCAGAGUGAAAUUAUCAGCAUGCACAACUACCGCAUUGGCAAGGAAAUCAAGGAUCUGGAGGGAAUGGCAUUCUUCAACUGGAUGGGACAAAAGAUUGCUGAGACCCUAGCUGAGAGCGGCAAGCACGAGAACAGUCUCGAAAAACCUCUUCCUGUUGCCUGCGCUUGGAGCUUCCCCAUUGAACAAACUUCCAUGGGAAGCGGCAAGCUGUUGCCAAUGGGCAAGGCAUUUUUAGCAGAUCAAGGGUUGCUGGGUGAGGAUCUGGCCGAGAUUAUCAAGCAGUCUUGCAAGAAUUCUGGCCUCCAUGUUGAGCUACGAGCCAUCCUCAACGACUCCAGUGCUUGCCUGUUGUCACGAGCCUACUCGUACACGUCUACCCGCUUCGGUUUGAUCUUGGGCACUGGCGUGAACCUGGCGGCGUACCUGCCCGUGCUAGGCGUUGGCAAGAAGAAAUUUGGUGUCCGACCAGAUGGAUGGUUUGAUGAAGCCAGCCACAUUAUCGUCAACACCGAAUUAGGCAUGUUUGGGCACAACAUCUUACCACUGACAAGAUGGGAUCGUGCGUUGACGAAGCAACACCCUCGCCCUGACUUCCAACCUCUCGAACAUCUGGUUAGCGGCAUGUAUCUGGGCGAGAUUGUUAGAUUGGCCCUACUUGAGGCUAUUGAGACCACUGGUCUGCUAGGUGGCGUCGUGCCUCCUUCACUGAAGACCGGAUACUCACUGGGGACUGAUACCAUCUCCAUGAUUGAAAGUGACACAUCGUCCAACCUUGAACGUGCCAUCAAGAUCUUCUCAGAGCGACACCCAUCAUCCUAUAGACCGACCACCUCUGACCUUAUCGCCAUCAAAGCCAUCUCAUCAUUUGUUUCCGUCCGAUCCAGUGCUAUUGUUGCCACCUGUGUCUACACCUUGUGGGACUUGCGUUUGGACUUUGAGCAACAAUACGUCGACACAUUGCCGGAGUCGUCACCGGAGCGUGAGCGAGUUGAAGCCGAUAUGAAGCUGGAGAGCACCACGGUGGCAUUCAACGGCAGUGUUAUUGAGAACUACCCCGGAUAUCUUGCCAACUGCCAACGCUACCUUGAUGAGUUGAUGGAGAGCAAGAGUUUACCGGAGCCACGAAGUAUCGGCCUUGUUGCCGCAAAAGAGAGCUCAUUGAUGGGCGCUGCAGUUGCACUGGCAUGUGUUGAGCGAGAUGAUUAA